GCCGGAGGGAGCGUGCGGCUGAUACCCGGCCCGGGCUGCGGCGGUUAGUCCUCUCUCGGCCGCCGUCGCCUCCGACAUAUUGCCCGCAGGAGCUGCGGCGGCGAGCGGAGAGCGCCGGGGGAAGGAGAUGGGAGGACGAAGAGGUCCCAACAGGACAUCUUACUAUCGAAACCCGCUCUGUGAGCCAGGAUCAUCUGGGGCCUCUGGUGGAGGCCACUCUUCUAGUGCAUCCGUGAGCAGCGUCCGUUCUCGAAGCAGGACCACUUCUGGGACGGGCCUCUCCAGCCCUCCACUAGCUGCACAGACCGUUGUGCCUCUACAGCACUGCAAGAUCCCCGAGCUGCCCGUCCAGGCCAGCAUUCUGUUCGAGCUCCAGCUCUUCUUCUGUCAGCUCAUAGCCCUGUUCGUGCACUACAUCAACAUCUAUAAGACAGUCUGGUGGUAUCCACCCUCGCACCCACCCUCCCACACCUCCCUGGGACUGUCCCACUUCCCUUCUCUGGGUCCUGUUCUACUCCUCUAGGUAAUUUCCUGGCCUGAGUCAGCUGGAGGCCAACGAAGAACUUCCACCUGAUCGACUUCAACUUGCUGAUGGUGACCGCCAUUGUUCUGGGCCGCCGAUUCAUCGGGUCCAUCGUGAAGGAGGCUUCUCAGAGGGGGAAGGUCUCCCUCUUCCGCUCCAUCCUGCUGUUCCUCACCCGCUUCACCGUUCUCACGGCGACAGGCUGGAGUCUGUGCCGGUCCCUCAUCCACCUCUUCAGGACCUACUCCUUCCUGCACCUCCUGUUCCUCUGCUACCCGUUUGGGAUGUACAUUCCGUUCCUGCAGCUGAACUAUGAUCUUCGCAAGACGAACCUCUUCACCCACAUGGCUUCCAUGGGACCCCGAGAGGCAGUCAGUGGCCUGGCAAGGAGUCGGGACUACUUUCUGACACUGCGGGAGACUUGGAAGCAGCAUACGCGACAGCUAUAUGGCCCGGAAGCCAUGCCCACCCACGCCUGCUGCUUGUCACCCAGCCUCAUUCGCAAUGAAGUUGAGUUCCUCAAAAUGGACUUCAAUUGGCGAAUGAAGGAAGUACUUGUCAGCUCCAUGCUGAGUGCCUACUAUGUGGCCUUUGUACCUGUCUGGUUUGUGAAGAAUACACAUUACUAUGACAAGCGCUGGUCCUGUGAGCUCUUCCUGCUGGUGUCCAUCAGUACCUCCGUGAUCCUCAUGCAGCGCUUGCUGCCUGCCAGCUACUGUGACCUGCUGCAUAAGGCCGCCGCCCACUUGGGCUGCUGGCAGAAGGUGGACCCAGCUCUGUGCUCCAAUGUGCUGCAGCACCCGUGGACUGAAGAGUGCAUGUGGCCACAGGGUGUGCUGGUGAAACACAGCAAGAAUGUCUACAAAGCAGUGGGCCACUACAAUGUGGCCAUCCCCUCCGAUGUCUCCCACUUCCGCUUCCAUUUCUUUUUCAGCAACCCCCUGCGGAUCCUCAAUAUCCUUUUGCUGCUGGAGGGUGCCGUCAUUGUCUACCAGCUGUACUCCUUAAUGUCCUCAGAGAAGUGGCACCAGACCAUCUCCCUGGCCCUCAUCCUCUUCAGCAACUACUAUGCCUUCUUCAAGCUGCUCCGGGACCGCCUGGUAUUGGGCAAAGCCUACUCCUACUCAGCCAGCCCCCAGAGAGACCUGGACCACCGUUUCUCCUGAGUCCCAGGGUGAUCCUCCAGACAACAUCCGGGCUUCACCCAGGGGCUUCCUGGCCAAGGGCUCUUGGGGUUGGGGGGAGGGGUGCAAAAAACAAAAACAGAAAAAACAACAAAAAAAAACAACCCACCAGAGCUUUGUAUUUUUGUUACGUACUGUUUCUUUCUUUGAUAAUUGAUGUGGUAAGAAAAAAGUCUUAUUUUUAUACUCUGAACAA